UUUGCUCCGUUUCCUGGACCGGCCUCAGCAAAGAUAGCGUUUAGGUAGUGAUAGUGUUUUAGGUUGUCACGCCUAAGAUUAGCCGUUGCAUUUACAUUAGUACUUUUAAUAACCGCAUUUUAUGUGAAGAAGCCUCUGUUUAGUUAUAUAUUUGCAAAACUUCAUAAAUCAGCUGGUGGCCACGUUUGAACAUGUUCCAGAGGCUCGCUGCGUUCCCGGGCCGGAGGCGGGCCGUCGCUCCUCUCGCGGCGGCGGCACGGUGCGUCUCCUCGGGCUCCGUGGACAUCACGGCCCCGCUGAACUUCUGGGCCGGGAAGAGAAGGACGUGCCCGGAGGAAGGCAGCAAGGAAAGAGUCUACGAACCUGCAACGGGACGAGUCUUGUGUCACCUGGACUCGUGUGGUGCCGUGGAGGUUAAUCAGGCUGUGAAGUCCGCCAAGUCAGCCUUUGACCAAUGGAGCAAACUGUCAGGGAUGGAGAGGGCGAGGAUCAUGAUAGAGGCCGCCCAUAUCGUUGAGGCCAGGAGAGAGGAGAUCGCUGAAAUGGAGGUGGUCAACAAUGGGAAGUCCAUCACAGAGGCCCGCAUGGAUGUGGACUCUGCCAGACUGUGCAUAGAGUACUACGCAGGAAUGGCCAGCAUUCUGGCAGGCCAACAUAUCCAGUUGCCCGGUGGCUCCUUUGCCUAUACUCGCAGGGAGCCCCUAGGAGUCUGUGUCGGCAUCGGUGCUUGGAACUAUCCGUUUAUGAUAGCUUCGUGGAAGUCCGCUCCAGCCCUGGCCUGUGGUAACUCCAUGGUGUUUAAGCCGUCACCAGUGACCCCUGUGACAGCCGUCCUCUUGGCAGAGAUCUAUGCAAAGGCCGGAGCUCCAGAGGGGCUGUUGAACGUGGUGCAGGGCGGCCAGGAGACUGGCAGCUUACUGUGUCACCACCCUGAUGUCGCUAAGGUGUCCUUCACUGGGAGCGUCCCCACAGGACAGAAGAUUAUGGAGAUGGCAUCUAAGGGGGUUAAACCGGUGACGUUGGAGCUGGGGGGGAAAUCUCCCCUGCUCAUCUUUCAGGACAGUGACCUGGAGAACGCUGUGAGGGGAGCUCUCAUGGCCAACUUCCUGUCUCAAGGCCAGGUGUGCAGCAAUGGCACAAGGGUCUAUGUUCAGAGAUCUAUUCUGCCUGAGUUUGUGAAGGAGGUGGUGAAGAGGACCAAAGCAAUUCAAAUAGGAGACCCUAUGUUAGAAAGCACCAGGAUGGGAGCACUGGUCAGCCGGCCGCAUCUAGAUAAAGUCCUGUCAUUUGUUGACCAAGCAAAGAAAGAGGGAGCCAAAGUGUUGUGUGGAGGUGAACCUUUUGUCCCGUCCGAUCCCAAACUCAAAGGUGGAUACUACAUGACUCCAUGUGUACUGGGCGACUGCACAGAUGACAUGACUUGUGUAAAGGAGGAGAUCUUUGGCCCAGUCAUGUCUGUGUUGUCCUUUGAAACCGAAGAGGAGGUGCUCCUGAGAGCCAAUGACACCACUAUGGGUCUGGCUGCAGGAGUUUUCACCAGGGAUGUGAGUCGAGCCCAUCGUGUGGUCGAACACCUCAAAGCUGGUUCCUGUUUCAUCAACAACUACAACAUCACUCCUGUGGAGGUGCCUUUUGGAGGCUUCAAAAUGUCAGGUAUAGGACGGGAGAACGGCCAAGUGACAAUUGAACACUACACCCAGCUGAAGACUGUGUUUGUGGAGAUGGGAGACGUGGACAGCCUGUUCUAGGACAUACAGUCAGAGGAGGCUGAGGCUCUGACACAGAGCUUGAGACUGAAACAGACGACCUAUACCGAACAUCUCUUCCCUCAGUCAAGGAAAUACCAUUGAAACGUUUUUGCUCAGUUACAAGAAACAAGCCUUGAUCAAGGGACCUCAACUUGUCCGUCCUUGAAGUGAUUUGUUGGUUGUUGUUUUGUUUUGUUUUUGUUUUUGAAAUGAAGGAAACUGCAUCAAAAUGUAAGGGAAACUGAGGCUGUGGCCACAAAGUAGAACAGUGGUGAUGCAACAUUGGAAACAUUCAAAUUAAUUGGCAUCAUUGUCUCGGCCAAACUAAUUGAUGUAAAGGUUAUUCAUUGAAUCUUAGCUGAUUUCAGUUACUAAAGUGUAAAUGAGUUUCACAUUACGAUUUAAGUGCACCACACGUACCUUAGUUACUAAAAUCAAACUUUAUUGAACUAUACACAUCUUCCUUUUUUUUGUAUGUGGCGAUUACUAAAAAGAAUGAAGCACCUUUAAAAAGUUUAUAUAUGAAAUGAAUGUACAAUUUAGUACAAUGUUGUUUACAUUAGAGCUAUGACAACAGCUUCUGACGUUGUCGCUACAGUGACUUAACAAAUGAACCUGUCAAACACAUUUAGUAAUCUGUAAUAUAACAUAAAGAGCGUUAAAAGAA